CAAGGGCAGCCCGGGCUCGGGGCAGCGGCCGGAAGUGCGGGCCGCCGGGGGCGGGGAAAGGAGGCAAAACCCGGAGCCCCCCGCGGGCGGCCUAUCAGAAGCGACGGUCCCAGCGGAGCGGGCGGAAGAGAAGAGAUGUAGUUCCGGACGCGGCCGCGCCGCCAUCUGUCACCUCAGCUCCGGCACCAGCAGCCCGUCGCUCCAGCCCCGCCGCCUGUCUCCUGCGCGGAGGCUGCUUCCCGGUCCUGUCACCUUUCUGCCUUGUUCUCGUCGCUGUCUUCUCUUCCAACAUGGAUCUGGUCGGAGUGGCGGCGCCUAAGCCCGGGCCCGCAGCACCCUGGGGACCCAGCAAGACUGCUCCUUUGCAUGAUACUUUCAUCAGAAGGAUGAAAAGACUCCUCUGCCGCUGUAUUGAGGGUUUGCUUGAAAGCAAGAGUGCUUCAGUUGGGAUGUUGUGUUCCUCAAAUUAAGUGUCCAUGGGCUACCCCUCAAAAUACAGUAUCUUGUUCCUUGGCUGACGUAAUGAGUGAACAGCUGGCUAAAGAAUUGCAGUUAGAAGAAGAAGCUGCCGCUUUUCCUGAAGUCACUGUCACUGAAGGACCAUUUAUUACUGGAGAAAACAUUGACACUUCCAGCGACCUAAUGCUGGCUCAGAUGCUACAGAUGGAAUUUGACAGAGAAUAUGAUGCACAGCUUAGGCGUGAAGAAAAAAAAUUCAAUGGAGAUAGCAAAGUUUCCAUUUCCUUUGAAAAUUACCGAAAAGUGCAUCCUUAUGAAGACAGUGAUAGCUCUGAGGAUGAGGUUGACUGGCAAGACACUUGUGAUGAUCCCUACAUACCAGCAAAACCAGUUCCUACUCCCAAAAAGGGUUUUAUUGGAAAAGGAAAAGACAUCACCACCAAACAUGAUGAAGUAGUAUGUGGGAGAAAGAAUACAGCCAGAAUGGAAAAUUUUGCACCUGAGUUUCAGGUAGGAGAUGGAAUUGGAAUGGAUUUAAAACUAUCAAACCAUGUUUUCAAUGCUUUAAAACAACAUGCCUACUCAGAAGAACGUCGAAGUGCCCGCCUCCAUGAGAAAAAGGAGCAUUCUACUGCAGAAAAAGCAGUUGAUCCUAAGACACGUUUACUUAUGUAUAAAAUGGUCAACUCUGGAAUGCUGGAGACAAUCACUGGCUGUAUUAGUACAGGAAAGGAAUCUGUUGUCUUUCAUGCAUAUGGCGGGAGCAUGGAGGAUGAAAAGGAAGAUAGUAAAAUUAUACCUACAGAAUGUGCCAUCAAGGUAUUUAAAACAACCCUUAAUGAGUUUAAGAAUCGUGACAAAUAUAUUAAAGAUGAUUUCAGGUUUAAAGAUCGCUUCAGUAAACUAAAUCCACGUAAGAUCAUCCGCAUGUGGGCAGAAAAAGAAAUGCACAAUCUCACAAGAAUGCAGAGAGCUGGAAUUCCUUGUCCAACAGUUGUACUACUCAAGAAACACGUUUUAGUUAUGUCUUUUAUUGGCCAUGAUCAAGUUCCAGCCCCUAAAUUAAAAGAAGUAAAGCUCAGUAGUGAAGAAAUGAAAGAAGCCUACUACCAAACUCUUCAUUUGAUGCAGCAGUUAUAUAAUGAAUGUACACUUGUCCAUGCUGACCUCAGUGAGUAUAACAUGCUGUGGCAUGCCGGGAAGGUCUGGUUGAUUGACGUCAGUCAGUCUGUAGAACCAACCCAUCCUCAUGGCCUGGAGUUCUUGUUCCGUGACUGCAGGAAUGUCUCACAGUUUUUCCAGAAAGGAGGAGUAAAAGAAGCCCUUGGUGAACGAGAACUCUUUAAUGCUGUUUCAGGCUUAAACAUUUCAGCAGAUAAUGAGGCUGAUUUCUUAGCGGAGAUAGAAGCUUUGGAGAAAAUGAACGAAGAUCAUGUUCAGAAGAAUGGAAGGAAAGCUGCUUCAUUUUUGAAAGAUGAUGGAGGUCCGCCAGUCCUAUAUGAUGAAUAGCACCAACCCCCACUGCUUUCAUUGUUAACACAGUGGUGAUUGUCAGCUGCCAAGGGCAAAUGAAGUUAUGGGUGGCCUGAAAUACCAAAACAUGAAGGAGUGUACAAUGGUGCUUCUGUGCUUUUUUCCCCCCCUUGUAAUCCAUAUGCCAGAUGUGUGGAAUUUGUAGCUCAGCGUUGGGAGAAUAAAAUGUUACUACCUCUCAUCUUACAAACAGGAUAAUAUAAUUCUUUAACAGCUAUAGGUUAUCUAGCUGAAAUCAACCUGAUUUUACAGGAUUCGUGGUAUAAAAUGUUUUGAUGAGAAUUUUUAAAACUUAGGUAACAUUGCCAAACAUGAGAGGAAAGGACAGGUGUGUUUACAAGGAAGGCUUUCAUUACAACAUACUUGCAUUUUUCACCUCCUUGUUUUGUGUUACAUCUUUCCUCAGAUAUUUUAUGGGCCUAAAAUUAGCCCUUCUUAGGUUUUUGUUUUUUUUUUUUUCCAGAUUGUGACCAUGAUUCUAAAGGAAAAUCUCUUCUCUACUUAGUAGGUGACAUAAAUGGAAAUUUGGUUUUAAAAUGACUGACAGAAAUAGAAGGUUAUUGGUACAUCAUGAAUAUGAACUGAAUUUUUCUUUUCCGUACUCAUAUCCAAGACAGGGCAUCGCAGAUCUCUGAAAGAGAAAAAUGUGUAAGAAUUUCUUAACUAUUCAAAGUCUUUAAAUUUAACUUUCAGUUUUUCUACAUUUAGGUGAAGUGGUAGGAUAGACCUCCUGGUGCAGCUGCUUUGCAUUUAUGAUGAAAAUGUAAAUUAUCUGGAAGGGUGGAGUAUAAUAAUUAACCAUGUUUGACAUAUUUUAAUGAAGUUGGUGAAACAAAGUUCAGUUUACAUGUCAUUCAUACUAUAUACUUAAUUGAUUUUGAGAGAAAUAGAGCAAGCUAAUUAGAAAUAUUAAAUAAUCACAUGAUGAAAAGUAUGUAUAAAACAACCUGGGUACCAAAUUAACAAAGUAAUUUGAACUACUGGCCUCUCUCCAUAAUUUUUAGUACUGGCUGGAUGUCAGUUCUUAAAGCAAGCACUGUAGUGGAAAAGUACAUUGGCUUUAUUAGGGUUGAAGUUCAUUAACGACAAUGUAAUCAUUCCUCUUAUUACUGAAGUCAGAUUGACUUUAGAGACCCAGACUUUCUGCUACUAAUAACCCAAACUUCCUGUCUGGUACUGGAAAGUAACAGUCUAAACAUCAUUUACACUUGAAAGCUUCUUUAACAUUAUUUUAAAAUGUCAAAUAUGUUCUUCCUAGAAAAAUAUUUAUUUUUGUUUCUGCUAUAAUAACUUUUAACUGCAUUUCAGAGAAAUGUGAUUUUGGAUAGAUCACUCAUUACAUUUCUGAAAUGUUUACUACUCAAACAAGGAUUUAGAUGACUGGUGAUUAUUGGCUUUACAGAAAUUUCAGAGAACUAAUUUUAAAAACCAUGAACCAUUUAAAAGUUUUGUUUUCUGACAUACUCUGUUUGACAAAGAGCAGCAAACCAUUGCUGUGUGGCAUUUUUGGAGUGUGCUGUGAACAUGCUUUUUAAAAUAUUAAAUAUGAAGAGAGCGUUUUA